UGAAGUCCACAACAGCAGUAGCAGCAACCUGAGAAGCAGGAUCCCAGCAACCCAGCCCUUCAAAUCCAGAUCUACCAGAAAGGACCCACCUCUAGGGUGGCCGCUGACCAGUCCUUGCCCCAGGAUGGGGACCAUGUCCAGAGCAGCCUUGGUCUUCGCUUGUUUGGCUGUUGCUUCUGUGGCCUCUGAGGGAGGGCAAAAGAAGCUAGGACCACAUUCCCUCACCCAGCCACUGCAAGAAGUGGGAUAUGCAGCACCCCCUGCACCUCCCCUAACCCGAACCCUGCCCAUGGGCCACGCUGAGGCCUUUCACUUUGAGGAACAGAGUGAAGUGCAGCCCCAGCCUCAGGAGGCAGUCCCUUUGCAAGAGGAGAUGCUACCUCCUCCACAGCUCCCAGAGGGAAAGGAAGUGGAUGUCCCUCUCCUGAGCGACACCAUCCCCCAGCAAGAAGAGCUGCCCCCUCACCAGGUGCCUCUGGAACAGAAGGAAAUAGGUCCAUCUUUCCCACACCAGAAGGAGAUGACCUUCCCAAAUAAGCAGAGACAGGAAAUGCCAAGUCGCCUCAUGGAUUCAGGUCUCCCUGAGUCACAGUCUGGGCAUCCGUCCCAUCACUGCCCAAAUGACCGACACCGAGGGGGUUGGGGCCACUGGCUGGAUGGCUUCCCCCCGGGGCGACCUUCUCGAGACAACCUGGACCAGAUCUGCCUUCCUAACCGGCAGCACAUUGUGUAUGGCCCUUGGAACCUGCCACAGACUGGUUUCUCCCACCUCAGUCGCCAGGGGAAAACCCUUAAUUUACUAGAAAUUGGAUAUUCUCGCUGUUGUCGCUGUCAAAAUCAACUAAGCCGCUUGGACUGUGCAAAUCUGGUGUGGGAGGACACAAUUACCUGGUACUGUGAGGCUGAGCUUUCGGUCAAGACCCGAGCCCACUGGUGCUGCAGAAGGCAGGGGGAGGCCCGAUUCUCCUGCUUCCAAGCAGAAGCUCCCCAGCCACACUACCCACAACGGGUCUGCCCCAGCCACCAGCCUGGCAUGUCCUCGGGCCCCGACCUGCCUUUCCCACCGGGGCUUCCCACACUGGACAAUGUCAAGAACAUCUGCCACCUCAGACGCUUCCGUUCUGUGCCCCGCAACCUCCCAGCCACUGAUGACCCUGUCCAGAAGCAGCUACAGACUCUGACCCACCUGGAGGAGGAAUUCCAGCACUGCUGCCGGCAGGGGGAGAACCACACCUGUGCCUGGAAGGCUUGGGAGAAUGCCCUUGAUGGGUACUGUGACCAGGAGCAGGCUACCAAGACUCACCACCACUCAUGCUGCCAUUACCCUCCCAGCCCCGCCCGAGAUGAGUGCUUUGCCCGUCGGGCACCCUACCCCAACUAUGACCGGGACAUCUUGACCCUUGACCUCAGCCAAAUCACCCCUAACCUUAUGGGCCAUCUCUGUGGAAAUGGAAAAUUUCUCGCCAAGCAUAAACAGAUUCCGGGGCUGAUCCAUAACAUGACUGCCCGCUGCUGUCAUCUGUCAUUUCCAGAGCAGGCCUGCUGUGCAGAGGAUGAGAAAUCAGCCUUCAUUGAUGACCUGUGUGGUCCCCGGCAAAACAUCUGGAAGGACUCUGCUGCCUGCUGUGAACUGAACCCCGGAAAUGAACAGAUCAACUGCUUCAACAUAAACUAUCUGAGGAAUGUGGCUGUCGUGAAAGGAGACAUGGGGGAUAUAGAGGGCCAUGAGGAUCAGGGCCCUGCUCUGGUAGCAACUCUCAGCUCCACCUUUGAGCCUGAGGAUGAGUGAGUCACCCCAGAGCCUUGGAGGAUUGGAUUGGGGUAACUCCACCCCACCUCACCCUUCUUGAACACUCAUCAUAGUGAACACCUCUGGGAUUUGGCGACCUCAUUGUCUGUAACAUCUCACACACAAACACACCCCUCUAAGCCUACUAGAAUAUUCUUCAGUGACUGGACCCUGAGACCCACUGCUCUGGUCCUACUGACUGAGCAGAAUGUAUAAGCUGUCUUGAGACUAUAAACAGCUUCACUCAC